ACUAGUUGGAAGUGGACUAACAUGGCUAGCACCGGAGUUUUAAACUAACUUCGUAAUCAUGAUGCGACUUUUAGCCCAUCACAGAUUAACUCGUUAUGUGAAGGAUUGUUUUGAAUCGUACAGAUGCAUCUCAAACAGCUGUCAGUCCGAUGAGUACAUCAGGAGGUUUAUUUCAGACAACACAGAGAUAGUUGGAGGGCAGAGUUUGACUCCAGACAUCAAACUGAGACUCUUCACCCCCAGCUGCAGAUUCUGGUAUGAGAGACCAGAGCUGUGGCCUUUUGAUGACCCUUACUGGGCCAUAUACUGGCCAGGAGGACAGGCACUGUCAAGGUACCUGCUGGAUAACCCUGCUGUGUGUCGGGGUAACACAGUCCUGGAUCUGGGGAGCGGCUGUGGAGCUUCAGCCAUCGCUGCAAAACUAUGUGGUGCUGCUCAUGUAGUCGCCAAUGACAUUGACGAUGUUGCAGCCAUUGCGACCUGCAUUAACUGUGAGCUGAACAGCCUGGAGCCGCCUGUUUGUGUGACUGCCAACAUGAUCGAUUCAGAGCCCGAGGGCUUUGACGUGAUCCUCCUGGGUGACAUGUUCUACGACGAGGCUCUUGCCACCACCCUUCACAGCUGGUUGGACCGCUGCAUUAAAACCCACGGCAGCCAAGUUCUGAUCGGAGAUCCUGGGCGAGCCCAGUUUGAGGAGCACGGCAUUCGAAAGCUCCUGCAUCAGCUGGCCCAAUUUGAGCUACCUGAGUCUGUUCGAGAGGAGAACUAUGGUCUGACCUGCAGCAGUGUGUGGUGCUACCAUCCUGAACUGUGAGGACUAAUGUGGUCCUCUAUUCUUUGUGUAUUUAAUAUAAUUUAUAUAUCACAUAUAGACUGACUACACAGGGUCACUGAGAUUUCACUUGCUGCCUUUCCUAGAGAGAAAAUACCAACAACUAUUUUUUGCUAUGAUAUUCACAUGGAUAUUCAACAAUUUGUUUGUGUCAUCCAAUUUCAUCUUUAAUUUCCUAUAAUUUAGUCAAUACAUGAUCUUUGAGUCAGAAAGUAAUCAAACUAUUUUGUAGAAAACAUUUUCAUUCAAACAUUUUUCCUUAUAUAUAUCAAUAUGUUGAACCUGCUUGUGUAAUGUCCUGUCUCAGCCACUUCUAAAUGAGAGAAAUUCAUCACCACCAUCUGAUGCUUCUCUUUAAAUGUUCAUCAUCAUCAUUACCUUUUGUAAUCAUAGUCUGCAAAACUCUUGUAUUUGAAAUGUUCUUCAAUAAGUCCUGUUUAAAACAUUUGAGAUCAUUCAGAUUCAAAGCUGAUGUUUGCAAUUGAUUCAGAUUUAGAAACAACAAACUUCACCUAACGAAGAAGUCAGGAUGUUGACAGUAGGUCAAUAUUUGAGCUAAAUCAGGAAAUGUGUGCACAGAGUUUUAUUUGGAGGAAUGUAACCCUUCAGCAAAUCCUGUCGGAGCUUAAAGAGCAAACUGUGAUUAAUUCAGACUCCCUGAUAUGUGGAGAAUUAUAACAAAGGCAGUUCAGAUAAUUAAUAAUUAAAUGAUACAAUAUGUAAAUAGACUGUUUUACUAACACAUAUGUUCAAGCUCUUUAGUCUACUGACACAGUGUCAGACUUUAUCCUGUAGACAAGAAAGCAAAUGCUAGAAGAUUGUCAACUAUAACUGCAUCCCACAACACUUCUGUUGAAUUACAGCAGUAGUGACCUUCAUGUGUCUGUGAGUAACCUGAAACUAUUCCGAAUAUGAAUUAAACCAGAGUGUUGAGACAAAAAAACAGAUGGCUUCAUGGGGUCACAGGUGACUGGUUUACAGGGUCUGAGAUAUGCAUUUAGAGGAUAUCAUGUAGAGGAAAGAGUUGUCACUCCUACAGAGCAGGGGAAGGUGAAAAGAGAGAAAUGCGUGGGAGACUGAUGCUCAGUUCUUUUUUUUUACUCUUAACCCUCAUCCCACCAACAUAUUUAACAUAGAAAUAUAACUGACUGAAGAAUAAUCUACAGUAAAGAAACCGUAAUAACAAAAUGUUUACUUGUUUCUUUUCCAAAGGUGUGAACCAAAUGUGAAAUUGUGUAAUUAUAUAUUUUAAAAUGUGUCACACUGAUUUAUUUUGAAAGGCAGUGAGUAGGUUAUUGAUUAUCUGAUAAACUGAAAAGAGGAAGGAAGAUAAUAAGUCCAUGCACAACCCCCAGCCCUGUGAUUUAUUAAAAUAACACUGAUGUCAGGUUAUGUAAAGCUAAUAAACUAUAUUUUAUUGGUGUU